AUGAGCAUUCCGGCCUGCGCGCGAUGCCGGCCGUCUGCUGCAUCACGGCAUUUACGCCGACUCCUGAGCGGUGCACCGCAGACUUCGCAGGUCCGGCGCUCAUUCAGCACCGAGCCUGCUGCUGCCCCGCCAGCGCCGCCCCAGCACGCGACCAUCUUCUCGGGCAUCCAACCCACGGGCGUGCCCCAUCUUGGCAACUACCUAGGCGCCAUGCGGCAAUGGAAACGACUCCAGGAUGCUGCAGGCCCCGAGGAUCGUCUCUACUUUUCCAUUGUCGAUCUCCACGCCAUCACCAUGCCCCAGGACGCACCAGUCCUGAGACAGCGGAGUAGGGAGAUGUUGGCGGCGCUCAUGGCCAUUGGUUUGGAUCCGGAGAGGUGCACAAUGUUCUAUCAGAGUGCCGUCCCCGCGCACUCGGAACUCAUGUGGAUUUUGAGCUGUACAGCUAGUAUGGGAUAUCUAGGGAGGAUGACACAGUGGAAGAGUAAACUGACCAUGAACGACAAUCGCAUGUCUCUUGAUGAUGAGGCCGUGGGCCAGAAGCUCAAAUUGGGGUUAUUCUCAUAUCCAGUGCUUCAAGCUGCAGAUAUCCUUAUUCACCGAGCAACCCAUGUACCGGUGGGUGAUGAUCAGAGACAGCAUCUGGAGUUUGCAAGAGAGUGUGCGACAAACUUUAAUGCUACCUAUGAUGGCGGUAGCCUUGUCAGCCCGGAAACCAUAACAACCGAAACGCCCCGAGUCAUGUCGUUGCAAAACCCGAGAAACAAAAUGUCCAAGUCGGCACCCAACCAUCGCUCGCGCAUUCUCAUCACCGCUUCGCCCGACGAGAUCCGGUCCCGUAUCAAGGGCGCCGUGACCGACUCGCACAACUGGGUCUCCUACGAUCCCGAGGGGCGACCCGGUGUCGCCAAUCUCCUCGAGCUCUGGUCGCAGUGUGACCCCAAGGGUCGAUCGCCUGCUGGCCUGGCUGCCGACUGCGACGGCAUGCACCUAGCAGAUUUCAAGAAGCAGGUCAGCGAGGCUAUUGUCAAGGAACUCGAGGGCAUCGGAGCACGGUACGAGGAGAUACUCGAUAAGCGUGCUGGGCAGUGGGUCGAGCAGAUCCAGGCAGCAGGGGCAGAGAAGGCCAGACAAAACGCAGACGAGACAAUGAGAAUGGUACGUGAUGCCGUUGGUCUGGCAGGAUUUUGA